CAUGUUGUACUCUGCUGAGAUUGAUUUUUUUAUUGUCAGCGAUCUCCGCAUUAAACUGCGCUCCUUUCGAUGUCGUUGCGCGCUGAUUGACUUUCUUUCUCGCAGCUGAUGAACUUCCGAGAUGUUACAGCUUGAAACAGACAACGACAGAAAAGUUCAAAUGGGGUGGGGGUGGUGUUGGUGGAGGGCAAACAGUGUAAACAAAUCCGACCAGCACUCAGACGCAUCUAUUCCUGACGGGCCCGUAGCGUUUAAUAUCCCCGCUUUGUUUGUUUAUUUGUUUGUUUGUUUGUGUGAUUGAACUUUUUUUUCGACAGAUUUGUUGCGACACCAAACUUUGGCGACAUGGACGCGCACCGCGGCGCGCCUCCGGCCGGGCAGCAGAUCGUGCACGUCCGCGGGGACUCGCAGACGGAGCUGGAGGCCCUCUUUAUAGCGGUGAUGGACCCCAACAAUCCGGGCAGACCGCCUGCCUCUCUGCCCAUGAGGAUGAGGAAACUGCCGGACUCUUUCUUCAGGCAGCCGGAUCCCCGAGGCCACUCCAGACAAGCCAGUUCGGAUGGAGGUGUGUGCGGUUCCCUCACUCCUCAUCACGUCCGCGCCCAUUCUUCCCCAGCCUCUCUACCAGUCAACUCCCUCUCCACUCAAGCGGCUGAUGUAGCAGCGACGCCAAUCAUACCUGAUGAUGUGCCACUCCCCCACGGUUGGGAAAUGGCCAAAACGCCCACUGGCCAACGAUACUUCCUCAAUCACCUGGAAAAGACAACCACUUGGCACGACCCCCGUCUCGCGCAGCUUCAAUCGGCUGCACCUCAGCAUUCGAUCUCUGGCACUCCAGUCCAUGCCCACUCCCUCAGCAACCCAGCACCCACUACGCAACCACAAAACAUCAAUCCAGAGACAGGUCCACUGCCUGAAGGCUGGGAGCAGGCUGUGACUGCAGAUGGAGAGGUGUACUACAUCGAUCACAUAAAUAAGAACACCUCAUGGGUCGACCCGUGUCUAGUCCAGAAGAUGAACCCUGGCAUCCUUGGCCUGGCGAUGCAGCAAAGACAGGAAAAGGAACGGCUCAGAUGCAAACAACAGAUGCAAAUGACAUCACAGGACGCAGGAGGAAGGAACCAGAUGCCUGGUGGGAUGGACCAUGACAGGAACGCACAGACGCUUGUCCCGUCUCUGGAUGUCAGGAUCCGAACCCCAAACCAUGAACCUACACUUAAUGGCGCUCACUCUCGCAACGAGAGCACUGACAGUGGCCUAAGCGUCAGCAGCUUACCGCGCACGUCGGACCACAUGUUGGGCUCUGUGGAUCACAUGGACACUGGUGACUCUGGCGAAACCUCUUCGAUGACCCUGCAAGAGUCGAUGCCUGUGCUCCCGAUGUCUGAGGGUGAGGAGCUAAUGCCCUGCAUCCCUGAAGGUCUGAGUUCAGACCUCCUGAUGGACAUGGAGACGGUUCUCUCUGGCUCGCAUAUGGACAGAGACAGCCUGCUCACCUGGCUAUAGACACGCCCGGCCACCCACCGCCAUCAAGUCUUCAUAACAUGACUGUGAUUUCUGGAGGAUUUCUUUGGCUUCAAAAGUGGUACAAGAGCAACAUUACAGAGCGAAUACCCUACCGUCGUGUGAUGGAUACCUAACACUACUCGCACCCUGAGGAUUGAAAUAAUCUGACUCUCACAGAAGGUGGUAAGCUGCUGGUAUUCUCCUUUUCAGGCCUGGUUUUACAGGGAUGCACAAUGGAGCAUUCAUAUUUUUACGACACUCCUUUCUUUUUAGUCACUGACCUCAGAUGAAGCUCCCCACAUCUUUGGUAAAGUGCAUCACAGCUAAUUUUAGCCUACAGAUUUGUUUUAUUAUCCCCACUUGGGUAAUACUGUUUGCAACAAACUUUUAAAAGCACAGUGUCAAGUCUGCAUGUAACAGUUACAUAAACACAAGACAGACGUGUUGAAAUAGCAACAAAUGUCCAUCGGUUACUUCAUGGGAUAAAAGUGCAACAUCUGGUGCUUCUACCUCUAAUUGGUGAUUUUAGUGCACGUGUUCACAGCUGUUCAAAACACGAUCUUAAAAAAGCGUCACAGCUGACGGCAAGAGAUGAGUCAAAUCAUUUAUCAGGAUUAACACUACAUAGGUUCCAUUGAAUCAGUGAUUCAUGCUGGAAAAAGAAUGUGAUUACUUCUGCGUUAGGCUCAAAACUGAAUGCGGCAUCCAUGAUUGUCUUCAGAUAUUUGUUCUGAAUUGUCUCUGCUUGUUCCCCGCUGAUGGUGGUAGGAGACUGAAGGUGCAGAGGAGCUUUUGUAAAUAUUGGUAUUGGCCCCUUUAUUUGAAUCUUCAGUGCUCUAAGCUGAAGAGAUGACCGAUGUUUCAAGGUUGAUGAAUCAACAGGAGCCAUCGAAGCUCCACAGAGACAUGGGGGGGAGAGGACGCACCCUUGUGGUGAGUCGGAAGAUGAAAAACACUAACUAGACUCAGUAAGAAAGCUCACAGGCCAGAAACCAGUAUUAAAACCCCCAUCAGAGUUGCUUGUACAUCUGCAUGGAAGACUGGCGGUGCUCCAAACCAAGAUAAUAGUACCUUUUAUAGAAAAAAAGUUAAGGAGGAUAAGCUUUAUCUUUAGUCACAGUAGAAACCUCAUUCCUAACGCCUCAGAGAAAUAAAGAACACAAGUGUAAAGGAGUCUUAACUUUGGACACUAAAAUUGUAAUAGAGUCUGUUGGGGUUUGAAUAUACAGAGGAUGUCUACAGUAGAUGAACAUGUGUGCAGUAUAAUGCAAUCCAAGACAAUACAGUGUUUCCCCCAGGAAGCUGUAAUCCUAACGCGUCUGGUCUUGUGAUCAAUUUAGUUAAUAGAUGAUGGCCUGAACAACAGCCACACUCAUUAGAUAAAUGGCCUCUGCUGUGUAAAAUAGCACCUCUGCUUUUGGUUUAUUCAUUUUCUGCUCUAAAACCCUGCAACAGCCUUGAUAUAACCAAGUUACUAAUAUUCAAGAUUUCUUAUCACUGUGUCUGAUGUUACAUGAAAGUUAUGGUUAUAAGUUUUAAGUUUUGUUAUUGUAUUGGAUUGCAUUUUUAUUUGUAGUGCCAGUUAUUGUGUCCACUCCGGGAUUGAAUAUAAGCUUCACAAAGGUAGUAUUUAUUGGAGAUUUGAUUUAUUGGAUUGCAUUGUAUCAUACAGUUGUUGUAAUAUUAUUAUGUCCACCCCUUCUUUAAGAGAUGAUGCCACAUCAGGGUGUUUUUUCUCUCCUUUUGUGUGCAUGAGAGAUUUUCGCCUGUUCUUCUUAUCAGUGCGGAGAAAAGGUCUCAGCAGCUUUUAAAUUGGCCCUGAAGCACGGAUGAAAAAUAUUAACCAGCCAGCACCCCAUCAACUUUAGUAUUAAACAGUUUUAUUCAUUUUUCUCACUUUCCCCACUAUUGACUUGAUACAUUCCUAAAGAAUUUUCACAUCAACAUUGGUAAUUAUAGUGGUACGGGGUUGCAUUUAGGUUUUAGCUCCUAAACUACAAAUCAUCUAUACUUUUGCUGACUGUUUGAAAUGCAUGCUGAUUAGUUGAAGACUUUCAAAUGUUCUUUUCCAGUCAUUAAAGGCAUCCAUUUUUUCCAUUCAUUUCCUUUUUUCACAGGAAGAUCAAUUAUCAGACUCUUGACUUACAGUGAACAUUAGUAAAAAAAAAAUUUGUUGUCAGUCUUGCAUUUUCUUGGCUCAGCAAUGCAAUUUCAGUGCAGAUUGAUGUGGAAAAUCUGCAUUAGAUGCCUGGAAUGGUAGGAAAAAAAACAUGAUCAGAUUUCUUUGUAAGAGCAGCAUGGUUUGCAAAAUACUUAGCAGUGAUGUAAAAUGUGUGAUUUGUUGUAAAUAGACUAAAACAUGCAAAAUCAGUGAUAUAGUUCUUUGCUACCACUCUGUAGAGUUAUAACACCCUCUGUCCAGAUUUUCCUUUGCUCAAAGUUUUCCGCUCUUUAAGAGUCAUUGGUGUUAGUGUGAAUGAGGAGAACUUCGGGCUUUGAAAAUGAACUUCAGACCCAUUGUAUGAAUGGCGGACCCUGUUGUGCCUCCUCAGAAAAAUGACAUACUAAUUGCAGAUGCUGUGUUGGUUUAUUUUUGCUCUAACUGUGCUAAGUGCUAUCAGGUGCUUCCCUAACAUACCGAAGGCAAUCGUCAGUACGGGGAGCUCUUUAAUCCUCCUCAUUUAGUUAAACUAUAUAAUAAGUAUAUAAUCCGUUUUUAUCCGCUGGGUUGUUUCUGCAGUGUGUUUAUAUUUUUAUCUGAAUUUGAAGCUGUUUAAUUAUUGGUGAGAGCAUUUCUUCUAACCAGCUUCCUUUUUUUAUAUAUGUACCUUUUUAUAUAUAAAACAACAUCCCCAAGUACAGAGCCACCUUUUUGUAAUCUUCUAAAUUAAAGUGCUGUGGGCCUGGAGCGAUUUACUGCUCACACACCCAAUGCAACACACUACCUAGCCAAUUAUUUAUCUUAGCAUGCAUGACACUCCCUAUGUAUGUAACAUAUAAUGACAUUUAUUAUCCUAUUUACAGAGAGUUUGGAGGCAAUCAAACUUUGUACCUUUUUAUGCAUGAGCUUUAUAUAAAUGUAUUUCUUCUUACUCUCAUUGUAAUCAUUUUAAAGGAGUUUUCUGUUUAAUAAACUUUUAA